CAGCGCCCCUGUCGGUCGCCAUUUUGGUUGGUGUGGGUGUCGGUGGCGGAGGCUGGUGGAGAGGGAGCGGCUGGGUUCGCGUUGCACGGGAUUGGAAGUAAAAGGCUAAGGCUGAAUUGAGCUGAAGAGAUGACUACAUCAGCUGAUUUGAUGGAACUGGAUAUGGCCAUGGAACCAGAUCGUAAAGCCCAGGUCAGUCACUGGCAGCAGCAGUCAUAUUUGGAUUCAGGCAUUCAUUCUGGGGCCACGACUACUGCCCCUUCACUAAGCGGCAAGGGCAAUCCGGAAGAGGAGGAAGUGGAUACCAGUCAUGUGCUCUAUGAAUGGGAACAGGGUUUCUCCCAGUCCUUCACACCAGAACAAGUAACUGAUAUUGAUGGACAGUAUGCUAUGACAAGAGCCCAGCGGGUUCGUGCUGCCAUGUUCCCUGAAACACUAGAUGAAGGCAUGCAAAUCCCAUCCACACAGUUCGAUGCAGCGCACCCAACCAAUGUGCAACGCUUAGCUGAACCUUCACAGAUGCUGAAGCAUGCUGUUGUUAACCUAAUUAACUAUCAGGAUGAUGCAGAACUGGCUACACGAGCUAUACCUGAACUGACAAAACUGCUCAAUGAUGAGGACCAGGUUGUGGUAAAUAAAGCUGCUGUGAUGGUCCAUCAGCUGUCAAAGAAAGAAGCUUCUCGCCAUGCCAUUAUGCGUUCCCCUCAGAUGGUAUCUGCUAUUGUCCGUACCAUGCAGAACACUAAUGAUGUGGAAACUGCACGCUGCACAGCUGGAACAUUACAUAAUCUGUCACAUCAUCGUGAAGGCUUACUGGCCAUCUUCAAAUCUGGAGGCAUACCUGCUCUGGUGAAAAUGCUGGGAUCUCCAGUGGAUUCUGUUCUGUUCUAUGCUAUAACGACCCUUCACAAUCUUCUGCUGCACCAGGAAGGAGCCAAGAUGGCAGUGCGUUUGGCUGGUGGUCUGCAGAAAAUGGUUGCCUUGCUAAAUAAAACCAAUGUCAAAUUUCUGGCCAUCACGACAGAUUGCCUUCAGAUUUUGGCAUAUGGCAACCAAGAAAGCAAAUUGAUCAUUCUAGCAAGUGGAGGGCCCCAGGCACUUGUGAACAUCAUGAGAACCUACACCUAUGAGAAAUUGUUGUGGACCACCAGCCGUGUACUCAAGGUGCUGUCUGUUUGCUCCAGCAAUAAACCAGCAAUAGUGGAAGCUGGUGGUAUGCAGGCCCUCGGAUUGCACCUUACAGACCCAAGUCAGCGACUUGUUCAGAACUGCCUCUGGACCUUGAGGAACCUGUCAGAUGCUGCUACUAAGCAGGAAGGAAUGGAAGGUCUUCUUGGGACACUUGUUCAGCUCCUGGGAUCAGAUGAUAUCAAUGUUGUGACGUGUGCAGCAGGUAUUCUGUCCAACCUGACAUGUAACAACUAUAAGAACAAGAUGAUGGUUUGUCAAGUUGGAGGUAUUGAGGCUUUGGUCCGCACUGUCCUUCGAGCUGGUGACCGAGAAGAUAUCACUGAACCUGCCAUUUGUGCCCUUCGUCAUUUAACAAGUAGGCACCAAGAUGCAGAGAUGGCCCAGAAUGCUGUCCGACUCCAUUAUGGGCUUCCUGUGGUAGUUAAACUUCUACAUCCUCCAUCUCACUGGCCUCUGAUUAAGGCUACUGUUGGUCUGAUCCGCAACUUGGCAUUGUGUCCAGCUAACCAUGCUCCACUUCGUGAGCAAGGUGCGAUUCCAAGGUUGGUUCAACUGUUAGUGAGAGCACACCAGGAUACUCAGCGCCGUACAUCGAUGGGAGGUACACAGCAGCAGUUCGUGGAGGGAGUGCGAAUGGAAGAGAUUGUGGAAGGUUGUACUGGAGCCCUUCAUAUUCUUGCCCGUGAUGUUCACAACAGGAUUGUUAUUAGAGGACUUAAUACCAUUCCACUCUUUGUCCAGCUGCUGUACUCUCCAAUCGAAAAUAUCCAGAGGGUGGCAGCUGGUGUACUGUGCGAACUAGCUCAGGAUAAAGAAGCAGCUGAAGCCAUUGAGGCUGAAGGAGCAACAGCUCCACUGACAGAGCUACUGCACUCAAGAAAUGAGGGUGUUGCUACCUAUGCUGCAGCUGUGCUGUUCCGUAUGUCUGAAGACAAACCACAAGAUUAUAAGAAGCGUCUGUCAGUUGAGCUUACGAGCUCUCUGUUUAGAACUGAGCCCAUGGCUUGGAAUGAGACUGGAGAUCUUGGAAUUGACAUGGGAAGCCAGGGGGAGCCUCUUGGAUACCGUCCAGAUGAUCCUAGUUUUCGUUCUUACCACCCAGGCGGUUAUGGACAGGAUACCAUGGGCAUUGAUCCGAUGAUGGAACAUGACAUGAGUGGUCACCAUCCUGGUGCUGAGUACCCAGUCGAUGGGCUCCCAGACCUUGGACAUGCCCAGGACUUGAUGGAUGGGCUUCCUCCUGGUGACAGUAAUCAGCUGGCCUGGUUUGAUACAGACUUGUAAAUAUAACCUGCAUUAUAGGUAUGGCAAUCAUUUAAAGGUAUGGGAAGAUAUCACCUUUACUAUUUGGGUUUGCAACUUACAACUCCAUUUAAGUCUGUCAACUUUUUUUAUUUGUAGUCACAUAACUUCUUUUCUUCUUUCUGCAGUUGAAUGAACUUGCAUUGUGAUUGGCCUGUAGAAUUGCUGAGAGGGCUCGAGGGGUGGGCUGGUAUCUCAGAAAGUGCCUGACACUAACAAAGCUCAGUUUCCUAUGGGAACAGUCAAUUGUUCUGGUCCUUGUAUCAAAGCGGUUUGGAAAUGGCUGCCUACUUCUAAAGAAUGCUCAAGAUUGGAACAAGAGAUGGAACAUUAAAAACUCUAGCCUUGCCUGUUAAUUAUUUUUAUUAUUUUUUUAAAUCUCUGUAAUUGUACUGAUGUAGCUUGCUUUGAAGUAGAGUAGACCAGUAAAUGAUAUUUUUUAAACAUAGUCUCGUAGUCUUAAGUUAUAGUGGCAUUGCAAUAGCCGUUCUGAUUUUUAAAAUCUGAAGUAAUUGUGUAGAGCACUAAUUCAUUCAUAAUAGAUUUAAUUGUACUCUGAAGUGUAACACUGUGUAGCUUUUUGUAUAAAAAUGUGAAAUUAGAUAAAAGUCCACUCUUAAUACGAGCAGGUGAGAUGGCGUGUUUGAUCAAUAUUGCUUUAUACUAGGGAUUUUCAGGAGGGUUUAAGUAGAACUGUCAUUUGGCAAUGGUUGUUAUAGUUUAAUGAGAGGACACUCUUCCACCCACCCCUUCUGAGUUAUUGUAUUCUGCAACACAGAUGCUUCAUGGAAAAAUGCGAUUGUAGAAACAGAAUUAAACUGGACUGAUUUCAUUUUUGUGUGAGUGGCUUAAUUACUAGAGCACCAAUAUUAAGUUUAUAUGCAGUUUAAGGAACUUUGUCUCUUACUUAAUUUUAUGUAUAAGUUGAUAAAAUAAAAAUGGUUGGAAUUUGC